GGAAGCACCGCCCCGUCGGCCCCUCCGAUUGGGUAGGUCGGAUGUGGUACAUUCCAGUGUCUGAACAGCGGAUUACACGGUCGGAGUGGUCCAUUUCAAGGAGGAAGGGGGGUUAGGGCCUAGAUUGGUACUGUGGGGCCUGACUGAAUUUAUUUCUUGCUCGUCUCGCUGAACGGAGGGCUGUGGCGGUGAAAGAGUUCACGGUACCGGAGAAUGAGGUCGUUGUUGCAGUAAAAGGCCAAGAAGGAGGGAGAAAGACGGUCAGAGAGGAGAGACAUGGACAGCCAGGUACUAAGAGAGACUGCCAGUGCACUGUGCAGGUGAAGUUGGAGCUGGGUCAUCGUGCUCAGCUGAGGAAGAAACCCACCACAGAAGGGUUCACUCACGACUGGAUGGUGUUUGUCCGUGGUCCAGACCAGUUUGACAUACAGCAUUUUGUGGAAAAGGUGGUGUUCAGGUUGCAUGAUAGCUUUAAUCGACCCAAGAGAGCGUGCAAGGAACCUCCAUACAAAGUGGAAGAAUCUGGUUAUGCUGGCUUCAUUCUGCCAAUUGAGGUGUACUUUAAAAAUAAGGAGGAACCUAAAAAAGUUUGUUUUACCUAUGAUCUCUUCUUAAACUUGGAAGGAAAUCCACCUGUAAAUCACCUGCGCUGCGAGAAGUUGACCUUCAACAAUCCCACAAAGGAGUUCCGUAGGAAGUUGCUCAAAGCGGGUGGGGUAAUGGUAAUGCCAGAAGGGGCAGAGACAGUUUCCAGACCAAGUCCAGACUAUCCUAUGCUACCCACAAUACCCCUCUCUGCAUUCUCUGACCCAAAAAAGACUAAGCCUUCUCAUGGCUCAAAGGAUGGAAACAAAGAUGGCAGCAAGAUAUCAAAACCCCAUAAAGUAACAAAAGAGCACCGUGAACGGCCAAGAAAGGAUUCAGAAAGCAAAAGCAAAGAAAGUGAACAAAAUAAGCAAGUGAAGGAAUCUUCCUCGCGGAAGCCAGUUGAGAACAAGCCACUCAAGGAAGAAAAAGCCCCUCUUAAAGCUGCAUUCAAGGAACAAAAGCUUAAUCUUAAAGAACCUAAGUUAGAAAACAUGUCUCCUAAAGGAGGUCCAUCUGAUGUCAAGCCAUCCAACAAGAGGCCACCCAACACAGAUUCCCCCAAAUCAAGUAGCAAGAAGCCAAAAAAAGGCAUCUCCAAAGGACUUAAUGUUUCUGGAACAUCACCCAGAGGUCCUCCAAAUCCUACUACCAACUCUUCUUCUUCAUACCCAGAAAAAAAGCCAGUAAAGGAAAAGCCCAGCAGUAAACCAGAGAGGCCCAAAACUGAGAAUGAAGUGAAAAAGCCAACUGAGGCAGAGGAAUCAAACUCUGACGAAGAAGGUUCCUCAAAAUCAGAGUCUGUCCCAUCUAGCCCUUCCAAUAGCAGCUCCAGUUCGGACUCCACCUCCGAAUCUGACUUUGAACCACCUCAGAACCACAGUCAGGGCCCCCUUCGAUCAAUGGUGGAGGAUCUCCAGUCAGAAGAGUCUGAUGAUGACAGCUCUUGUGGAGAUGAGGCUGUUUUAAAGAAUAAGAUGUCAAAUCGAGAUUCCAGGAUGAGUCUUAGUGACAGUGGCAGUGAUAGCAGUGAUGACUCCUGCGCUCCUAGCCGAGGUCCAGCGCCCAUACAGAAGAUGCCACCAGCUAAUAACAAGAAUACUGGCCGUAGAAGUCCAGAGCCCUGCACUAAAUCGGAUAAGAUGCUAAAGAAAGGGUUGUAUGACAAGGCUUACACAGAUGAGUUGGUUGAUUUACACAGAAGGUUAAUGGCUCUUCGGGAGAGGAAUGUCCUACAGCAGAUUGUCAACCUCAUUGAAGAGACCGGCCAUUUUAAUGUCACCAACACAACUUUUGACUUUGAUUUAUUUUCUCUGGAUGAAACUACAGUGCGCAAGUUGCAGAGCUACCUAGAGGCCGGAGCCACAUGACCCCAAAGAAGAGGGGGAAAGAAGGAGAGGAACACACUGUGCAUAGGGCAAUUUGCACUCAGACAUUCUCCUCCCCAGUCCUCCUUGAACUAGUCCAGAUACCCAGUGAAGAGAGCCUUAGGGAUCAACCAGCCAUUUCUAACCAAUAGGAUCUCUCCCACAGAGCCACCUAGGCUUCUCCAGUCAUGUCUUCACUCCUGUGUGCAGCAUUUUAUCAAAUGGGAUUUUAUAAAUCCCCACUCCCAUGGAGAGCAUAUGGGUUAAGCUUAUGCUACUUUCAAAAUACAGAUAUAAAUCGACAGAACCUGCCUUGCCAAUCACCUUAUGCAGGGGUUUUAGGGGAGGGGUAAAUCAUAAACCUCUUGCACAGUUACAUAUUAGAUGACGAAAAUGGCCAUUAUCAUGUUCAUCUGUGAAAUGUUGAACACAAAGCAUGCAUUUUUUCUGUGCAUGCUCCACAAACAUUCCUUUUCCAUUACUAUCAUUUAGUCUAUGGUUAAAAUGCAUCCCAUAUGUUAUGAUACAGUUAUGUCUGUAUUUUGAGACUUUUCUUGGGGAAAAAAAUGAAGGUU